AUGGAAGGUGCAAAUAAAUGUGUCAUAGGAACAAAGAUAUUUAUCAGAGACAAAAAUAAAGUUUGGGCUAGUGCUGAAAUUAUAAAUGAAGAUGAAGAUAACAUUAUAGUAAAAACUGAAGAUGAUGAUAUAAUAAAAUUAAAAGAAACGGAUGAAUUUUAUCUUCGAAAUUUAGACUUAUUUGAUUCGAGUGGUUUGUCUGCUCCUUCAGAUUUAACAAAAUUGACACACUUGCAUGAGGCAUCCAUAUUACAUAGUUUGAAUCUUCGUUUUGAUAUCGAUGAAAUAUAUACAUUUACAGGUCCAAUAUUAAUCGCUGUGAAUCCUUUUAAAAUAAUAAAAGAUUUAUAUUCUGAUAACAUGCUUGCUAAACAUGUUCAACCUAUAAAAUCUAAAAGUCCCCACAUUUUCGCUACUUCAAAUAGUGCUUAUUUAGGUAUGUGUAAUAAUAACAAAUCACAAACAAUAUUAAUUAGUGGUGAAUCAGGUGCUGGGAAAACAGAAUCAACAAAAUAUGUUAUGAAAUUUUUAGCAUGUGCAGGUUCGGAUAUAAAAAAAAGAUCUUUAAUAGAAUCGCAGGUAUUAGAAAGCAAUCCUCUUUUAGAAGCAUUUGGUAAUGCUCGAACAUUAAGAAAUAAUAAUUCUAGUCGUUUUGGUAAAUAUAUAGAAUUACAAUUUUCUGUUGAUCAUAAAAAUUAUAUCAAAGGUAAAUUAUGUGGUGCAAAGAUAUUAACGUAUUUAUUAGAGAAGGUUCGGGUGUGUGAUCAACAAGAAGGUGAAAGGAAUUAUCAUAUUUUUUACCAACUUUGUAAAGCUGUAAAAGAGGCAAACAUUGUGGAUAAUUCAAUUAUGAGUAAUAAUGAAAAUGAUGACGUCGAAAAUUAUGUAAAUUAUAAAUGUGAUGAAGAUAAAAAUAAGGAUCAUAUAGAAAAUAACAUUUGUGAGGAACCCACACAAAAAAAGAAAAAGUGGUAUCAUUUUCCUAGUACAUCAAAAUUUAGAAAUCUGGAAAAUGUAGAACCCAUGAAAAUAGAUUUUACAGAUUUUAAAGAACAUGUACAUUUUAGAUAUUUAACAAAAUCGAGUGUAUAUGAAUUAAAUGAAGUGAACGAAUUAGAAGAAUUCGAAUCUACUGUACAUGCUAUGCAAACUAUUGGUAUCAGUAAUACAGAACAAUAUCAGAUAUUUAAAAUAUUAGAAGGAAUAUUAUAUAUAGGAAAUAUUUUAUUUAAUAAUGAUGAGACUAAAGAGGAAGCUACUAUAUUAGAAGUAUCUAAUGAUGAUUUAAGAAAGGCUGCAUAUUUUUUAGAUAUUGAUGAAAAUGAUUUAAUAAAUUCAUUAUGUUAUAAAACCAUAGUGGCGAAUAACGAACAUUACAAAAAACCUGUUAAUUCAAAUGUGGCUAAUGAUAUAAGAGAUGCUUUAUCAAGAGCUAUAUAUGGAUGUUUAUUUUUAAAAGUGGUUGAAAGAACAAAUGAAUCUAUAGGAUAUAUAAAAGAUAUAAAUUUAUUUUGUGGUGUAUUAGAUAUCUUUGGAUUUGAAUCAUUCCCGGUAAAUUCUUUUGAGCAAUUAUGUAUAAAUUAUACGAAUGAAUGUUUACAACAAUUUUUUAAUAACUUCAUUUUUAAAUGUGAGGAGAAAUUAUAUAUGGAAGAAGGGAUUCGAUGGGAUCCAUUAGAUUUCCCAGAUAAUAAAGAUUGUAUAGAUAUAUUAGAAUCUAAACCUUAUGGUGUAUUUUGUAUGUUAGAUGAAGAAUGUUAUAUACCAUCAGGUAGGGAUAAAAGUUUUUGUAGUAAAAUUAUAAGUAAGCAUACAUCGAGUAGUAAUAAUAAUCAGUCUAAUAAAAGAUUUAAAUCAAUUAAAACUGAUUCUAGUAGUUUUAUUAUUGUACAUUUUGCUGGGCAAGUUGUGUAUAAUUCUACUGGUUUUCUUGAAAAAAAUAAGGAUCAGUUAUCUUUAGAUGCACAGAAAUUGUUGUUACAUAGUAAGAAUACAUAUGUAUCCCAUUUAUUCGAAACUUAUUUAAGAAGGAAUACAGAUAAAAGGAAAUUUGUUACUGUUUCUAGUGAAUUUAAAGAACAACUUAAUUUAUUAAUGACAAGAAUAAAAGAAACAGAACCACAUUUUAUUAGAUGUAUAAAACCAAAUGCUCAAAACGUGCCAGAUGUAUUUGAUAGAAUAUCCGUAAAUGAACAAUUAAAAUAUGGAGGUGUUCUACAGGCCAUAAAAGUAAGUCGUGCAGGUUACCCGGUAAGAUUGUCGCAUGCAGAAUGUGUACAAGAUUAUAAAAUUCUUUUAAAUAAAGAAGAUAGACAUAAAUUAGAAAUGUAUAACAAGGAUAACAAAUCUUGGUCUUAUAAGGCCAAUUUUAUACUCUCCAGUUUAUAUGUAACUAAAGAAAUACAAGAAUAUAUAAAUAAUCUAAAGUUGUUGAAGGAUAAAAAAAAAGAAGAGGAAAAUAAAUUUUUUGGAAAGCUUUCCUCAAAGAAAAACAAAAAAAUGCAAGAUACAACCACAACAAUGAAUGAGGUAUCUAAUAAUGUACAAAUUAAUAAUAAGGACGAAACGAACAAUAAUAAUAAUAAUAUGAAAGAUAUUGUAUAUGAUCCCGUUUGUGGUGAUGCUAAUGAAGAAGAGGAAAAAAACAAUUUAUUCAUAUGGUCUGUAGGAAAAAAUUUGUGUUUUUUCAAAAGUGAUGCAUAUAACAUUUUGUCUACCUUAAGAAGUGAUCUUCGAAGUUUAAAAGCCAUUGUUAUUCAGAAAAAUUAUAAGACAUAUACACAAAAGAAAUUAUACGAAUUAAUGAAAAGAAAAAUUAUCAUUAUACAACGAUGGUUUAGAAAUCGAUUAAAUAUUAUAAGAAAAGAGAAAUUAAAAAGACAAGAAGCUGAAAAGUUGAUUUGUUCUUAUAUUUAUACAUAUAUAAUUAGAAAGAGAUUUUUACAUAAAAGAAAUUGCUGUAUCCUUAUACAGUCACAUAUAAGAAGAUAUUUAAUGGUAAGAUUUUAUAAAACAUAUAGACAAAAUUAUUAUGCAAGUAAAAUACAAGCAACGUGGAAGGCUUACAAAGAACAUUUAUUUUAUAAAAAAUUAUUGAAAUCUACUAAAAAAAUACAAUUAAAAUGGAAGAGUAUAUUAGCUAGAAAACAAUUGAGAAGAUUAAAAAUGGAAUCUAAGGAAGUGGGUUCUUUAUUAUCAAGAAAUCAAGUAUUAAUGAAAGAAUUAAAAAAAGAAAAAAACGAAAAAAUAGAAAUAGAAAGUAAACUAUUAAAAGCGUCUGCUAAAAUAGAUAAGUUGAUUAAAAAAAUUGAUAAUUUAGAAAAAGAUAAUAAAAAUAAUGAAAAAGUAAUAAAGGAUUUGUUAGAGAAGGUUUCUUUAUUAUCAUAUAAACAAUCGAAUGAGUGUAUUUCACCGAGGCAUGUAUCUAAAAAAAAUGAAAAUAUAAAACAGAAGAAAAAUAAUAAAGAACUUAAUAAGGAUAUAAUUAUGUCUUUAAAGAGGGAAGAUACAGAACAUGUGGAUAGUAUGGAAAUUAUGAGUAUCCAAGGUAAUAAUACGCAUGAUGAUCCAAAUAAUGUGCGUAAUUGCUAUAGCACAGACACCAACCUAACGAACUAUUUAAAUAAUAACAAGAGCAACAAUAAUAAGGAUCAUAAUAAUGAUCAUAAUAAUAAUAAUAAUGAUGAUGGUGAUGGUGAGGAUAUUUAUAUGGAUAACAAUUUAACUUUUACACAAGAAAAAAUAGGAGACCUAAAAAUUAGGAAUACAAUAAGAAAUGAAAAGAAUGAAGAAAAAUAUAAUUUAUUAAAUAAAAUAAAAAAAUUAGAAAUUCAAAAUAAAGAAUAUAUAAAACAAAAUGUAACAUUAAACGAUAAAUAUAAUAAAUUAGUAAGUUUAUUGGGACAGAUCAAAGAUACAAAUAAUAAUGUAUAUAAUGAUGUUUUAAUUAAUAAUAUUAAUAAUUAUCAUAGUAAUGGCAUGUCGAAUAAGUUGUUACUCAAUAAUUAUAAUAAUUACCACAAUAAUAAUAAUAAUAAUAAUAAUUUUUUUAAGAAUUUAACGAAUUUGUCUAGCUGUAAUAGUAAUUCUUUAAUAGAACCCAAAAUAGAAAAUAAUAUAAAUUAUGAUAAUAAGAGUUCUUUUAAAAAGAAUGAUGGAAUAGUGGAUAUUCUUGUAUGUGGACCAAGGAAUGUAGGGAAGACCAGUUUGUUAGAAGAUUUAUUUGUACGUUUAGGUGAUGAAGAUAAUUUAGGUUUAUUAAGAAAAAAUAAGAAACUUGUAAAUAAUGAUUUAAGUUGUUAUAAUUAUUAUAAUACAUAUAUUAUAACACAUAAAUGUUCCCAAAUAAAAAUUGUAGAUUGUGGAUAUUCAUCCAAUAAAAAUGUAGAAGAAUCAUUAUUUAAUUAUAUAAAAAAUUCAAUAUGUAUAAUUGUAGUAUUUGAUGCUACAAAUAAGGAAUCCAUAAAUCCAGCAGUACAUUUAUUACAAGAAGCAUCAUUAAUUAAUGUAAAGAAGACAACUAAGUUAUAUUUAUUUGAGAAUAUAUUUAAUGAAAAAAUUAAUUUAAAUUUUAAUAAAAAUGAUGUAUCAUAUGCUGUGCGUGUAUCUAAAGCAUGUAAUGCAUCAUAUGUAAAAGCAUUAGAUAUAUAUGAUAUAGUAAAUAAUUAUGCUAAUAAAAUAACUUUACAUUCUAAUUAUUUCUUGGAUAAUACUCAUAAUAAUUGUAAUUACAAUAAUAAUUAUAAUUAUAAUUAUAAUCAUGUUACCUCUGUACCUCCUAAUCAACACAGUGAACAUAAUAAUAAUAAUUAUUAUCAUAAUAAUAAGGAAAAAGAUAACGAUAACGAUAAAGAUAAAGAUAUAUAUGUUAAAGGAUUGGCACACUUAAAUCAUAUGAACAAAUCCAAAAGGAAUACGCACAGUUAUAUGUCUUCAUAUCAUGAGGAAUCUUUAAAAGAUAGCGACGACGCCGCAUUAUCCUCCUUCGGAAAUAAAUCAAAUGAUUUAAUAAAAUCGAAACGAGGAGACAUAGGCAAAAAUAAAUAUAAUAAUAAUAACAAAAAUAAUAAUAGUAGUAAUAAUAAUAAUAAUAAUAUCUAUUCAGUUGUAAAUACAUUAAAAGCGAUAUGUGGCAUUCAAAAUAGCAAUAAGAAGAAUCAACAAAUACAAUUGUUGAGGGAAUCCAUGCCUUUGAAUAAUUAUAUAUAUGGUAAUAAAAAAUAUAAUUCAGAUCUAGGAAAAGGUUUACAACCGGUUUAUGAAAUAACGCUUAAAGGAAAUAUACCUAUAACAUAUUUGUGUAUGGGUCAAGAUAAUAUAAAUAAGAAUUAUACACUAUUAUCUGUAGGAUGUAAGGAUGGUGUUAUAUAUAUAUAUAAGUGUUUUAGGACUAGUUUGGAGUUAAAAAAUGAUUAUUUUUAUUAUUAUAACGACGAUAGUAGUAUGUACAACAUGAAUAAUAAUAUGGACAAGAAUGUCAAUAACGUGUAUAAUAAUAUGGACAAAAAUAUGAACAGCAAUACCACCCUGAAUAUACAAAAUAAUGAUAAUAAUAAUAAUAAUAAUAAUAAUAUUGUAGGAUGUGAUGAUAAUGUAAAGAAAAGCAGUAGCAUUAUGUCAUUAAAGAAUGAUAGUAAUAAAACAUAUGAUGAAAGUAGCACAUGUACAAAAUUAUUAUCCAAAUUAUCAGGUCAUAAAAAGGCAAUAACAUGUUUAGUAUUUUCUUUCUCAGAAGAUAAAAUUAUUUCAUCAUCAAUAGAUAGAACUAUAAAAAUAUGGGAAGUGUCAACAGGUUUUUUAUUAAAAGUAUUUUCUGAUUCAUCAGCAACAUUAUCUGUAUUAUUAUUUCCAACGAAUCUAGAUAUUUUUUUAUGUUCAAAUUGUACAUCCUUAUUACGAAUAGUAAAUUUAAAUAGUGGUCAAGUAUAUCAGAAAAUUAAAGUAGAGAGUGAAAUAAGAGCCCUCGAAAUGGAUGACACAUGUUUAAAUAUUUUUGCUGGUUCAAAAAAUGGAACUAUAUAUGUAUUAGAAGUUAUAUAUAAUGAAAGAGUAGAAAUAAAAUUUCGUUUCCUUUUUUCCUUAUCACCAAUUACAUGUAUAAAAUUUAUACCAAGACAUUCUGUUAAAACAUCACCAGCAAUCAUUGUAAAUUCAUGUGAUAAUCAUAUAGGUAUUAUAGAAUGUGUAUAUGGGAACAAAGGAAUAUUAACAACAUUAUAUGUUAAGCAUAGAAUACGAAUAAAUCAUGCCUUACUUCCCAUAAGAAAUUGUUAUUCCAGGUUUGGUGGCGGAUGGGUCAUGUCAGGUUCAGAGGAUGGCAACAUAUAUAUUUGUUCCUUGUUACCUCAAUCGAAUUAUAAGUUGAUAUUUUUAAAGCACCACAAGGCACCAGUAAUGGCUGUUGUUGUUAAUAAUAUUGAUACUCUAAUGGUUUCAGGAGAUUCCAAAGGAAACAUAGUUUUCUGGCGCAGGUCUUUUGUAUAA